AUGCCCUAUAACGAUUCGAGUGUGACCACGGCGAAGCAAAAAGUUUGUGUUUUUCCCAUUUUUUUUUUGCAGAAAUUCAAAUCUGACUGAUAAGGAAGGUUAAUUUACUAUUUGGUUGAUUGUUUUUCUGAGAGUAGGCCAGAGCACUUUUCGAUGUAGCGAAAAGAUCCUCAACCUUCAAAACCUUUUAGUUUUUGAGAUAUAAAGGCUCAAAGCCCGUGUCAAUGAAUUUCGAAGGUUUCCCUUGACUUCGAUGUUUUUUUUUCUCGAAAACUAGAAUUUUUGUGCACUUUAAGAUUUCCAUAAUCUCUUUUCGGUACAAUAAAACAACAAAAAAGCCUUUUUUUUUUAAAGCUCCUUUUUUUAAAUAACCUUUUGUAUUAAGAUCGUGCGUGGCGAUGUGAAUGACAUGGGACAAAGCAGAGCCCCCAAAGAACUUGGGACUUUCGUCGAGGACCACCUCUGGGAAUACGCGAUAAAAGAACGAAUAGAUAUGGAAGAAGUAACGAAGAAAGUGUAACAAAAUCUCUCAAAAUGACUUUUUUCAGGUUGUCGAAUUCUUACGGAAGAUGUAUAGAAGCCAUGAGAAGGUCUGUUUAUAAACAAAAUAUCUCUAAAUUUAAUCAAUUUUCAGGAUGAGAGGAGUGCAAAAAAGAAUAAAUCCGGGAAUAAAAGUGUGAGUUUCUUUUGAAAAUGUGGCAAAGUAUUUAUUUUUCGGUUAUUUUUUUAAUAAACUGUGCGAAAAAAACAGAAAAAAAGUUACUGAAUAUUUUUUUCAAUACCGUAACAGGGAUUUUUCUUCGUUUCAAGUACCUAAUGUGCUUUAUUUUUCCAUCUUUUUGCCUAUAUUCAAGUCAAAUUAACUAAGUCGACUUGAAAAUUUUUCAAACAAAAAAAGCUGAAAAAGGCGAAAUUUUUGCCGAAUGACACAGUUUUUCGAGUCUUUUUUUUCUCAAAAAGCCAUUUUCUCAUGGAAAAAAAAAAACCGCAAAAACUUAUUAAAAAUGGUCUUUUUUUCAACGUUAUAAAAUAGCGUGAGAAUGCUUGAUCGAAUAAAAAAAUCGAGAGCCUUCUGGACUUGAUAUUUUUGAGCUUUCUUUUGCGAGCCAAUGACAGAAAAAUAGUGAAAAAGUCAACUUUUAGUGUAAACUAUGAAGCUCCUCUUUAUUAUCACGCAUAGUUUGGAUAUUUUAAAAGAGAAGUAAGUUUUGCAAGAAAAAAGGUUUUUUUUUAUUAAGACGGCGACUGAAGAAACUGAACCUACAAAAGAAGGUCCAUCUCCAGGUCCGCGUCGUAAAAGGAGCCAAAUGGUCAGUUUUACCUUUCAUGUAAUCAAUUUUUCUUGACGGCAUUUACAAAGCAUUUACAAAGUCAUUUACAAAGUACAAAGUAAUAAGUACAAAGUCAAUGUACUAAGCGGUCGCAUUGCGUUUUCUCGAAAAAAAAAGUGCACCACGCGCUGAAAACGCGCAGCACCCCGCUAUGUAACCAGGGGCGGACCCCGUCAAAAGUCCAUUAUUCUAACGGUAACUUAAUGAAGAAUUAACCGAAAACAUCAACGAAAACUUCCCUUAUUUCGGGGUUUACGUCGGAUUCACUUAGGAACUCCGAAGUGGUCCCUAUAGGGGUUAUGGGAACAAACAGCCCAUUCGGAGACCGAAAAAGUGUUCCCUAUCGGGGUAAUUAAUGUGUAGCUAUUGAUGAAUUUUCAGAAAAAAUAAACGAUAAUUUUUAAUAUUUUAGCAAGUUCUGGAUGAACUCGUUCCCGAAGAAGAUCCGCUCCUUGAACUUUGA